AUGGCACUGGCGAUUUUGCAGGACUGGUGUGGGUGGAUGGGUGUCAAUGCCCAGCGCUCACUGCUUAUCCUGGGCAUCCCCGAUGACUGUGAAGAAGAAGAAUUUCAGGAGGCCGUGCAGGCUGCCCUCAGGCCCCUGGGCAGGUACCGAGUGCUUGGCAAGGCCUUCAGAAAGGAGAUUGGGGCAAAGGUCGCUUUGGUUGAAUUUGCUGACAAUUUAAACCAAAGUUUGAUCCCCCAACAAAUACCAAAUACUAGGGGGUCCUGGAGUGUGAUCUUCCUGCCUCCGGUCCCUGAAGUCGAGUCACAGCAUACAUUCAGUUUCCCUGCACAGCAGGCUCAUGGGCAAGCUUUGGAAGGGGCUUCAGGUGAGGUGGGAGCUGCAGGAGAGGGAGGAAUUUUAGAGGCAGGGGUUGGUGAAGAUGGGUCUGUAGGGGAUGAGUCUGGGAGCGACGAGGGGUCUGCAGGGGAUGAAGGAUCUGUGGAUGGCGGAGGAGCUGUGGGUGAAGCAGGAGCUAUAGGUGAGGAUGAGGCAGGAGCUGCAGGCGAGGCAAGAAUGUCAGACGAGGAGGGAGCUGCAGGGGACAUGGGAGUUGCAGGGAUCAUAGGAGCUGUAGGAUUGGCAGGAGCUGCAGGUGAGGCAGGAGGUUUGGGUGAGGAAGGGGCCUUUGAUGUGGCAGGAGGGGCACAUGGUGCUGGAGCCUGGACCCAGCAGUGGAGCCAGGCCCUGCAGCCCAUCCUGGAAAACAUGGCCUACCAGGAGCUGAGACACUUCUCUGGGAUGGAAGAGCCUGGCUGUGGGGGUCAGUCUUUUGAGAGCUGGCUGGACCAUGCCAAUGACAUGCUAUACCUGUGGCGCCACAUAUCCGAGAGAGAGAGGAGGAGGCGGCUGGUGGAGAGCUUGGGGGGGCCUGCUCUGGAUCUCCUGUGUGAGCUUCUGGAAGAGCAUCCAGACACCCCUGCUCAGGACUGCCUGGCUGCACUGGUGCAGGUGUUUGGCAACAAGGAUACGGUGAUGACAGCGAGGCUCAAGUUCCUGACUUGCUCCCAGCGGCCUCAGGAGACCCUGUUUGCGUACGUGAUGCGCCUGGAAGGGCUGCUGCAGAUGGCCAUGGAGAAGGGGGCCAUCCAGCCUGCAAUGGUGGAUCAGGCGAGGGCCCGGCAGGUGCUGAUGCGGGCCCGACCCAACCAGAUGCUGCAGAACAACCUGAGGAGGAUGCGGCUGGAGAGGCGGCCACCUGGCUUUGUGGGGCUGCUCAGGCUCGUUAGGGAGACUGAGGCAUGGGAAGCAGCUCUGGCUGAAAAUGUGGAGAUCCAGGGGGGGGAAAGGGUGGAAGUGCAUGGUGGGGAGCUGGAUGUGGUUCAGGCUGCCCUUGUCAGUGUUGGGGUUGCUGAGCCUGACCCUGCUGUUGGAGAGGCCUUCCCAGCCAUUGACGAUGCUGGCCAGGCUGCUGUUGCUGCUGCUGCUCCUGCUGCUCCUGCUGCUGUGCAACAAGCUGCCGGGGCUGCUCCUGAUGGCGAUGGUGCCACAAAGGCAGACCCUGAUUCUGGUGAGGCCAAGGCCUUCCCUGUUACCCAGAGAGAUGAAAAUGUGUCAGCCCCUGAUGGCUCAGGCCAGGCAGGGCCCACUGAGGGCCUAAGUGUGCUUGAGAGCGUGGCUCAUGCUGGAGAGCAAGAAGUGGAGCAGCCUGUAACAGAGGGGCUGAAGGAAGAGUCAGAAAAUGAGGAUGGGGCAUGGGAGUCUAGUCACCCCAAGUCCUUCCUUGGCAAAUAG